AUGUCGAGGCUUAAUAAAUUCAAGGACGCGUAUUCAGACUAUGCAAGAACCCGAUGUUACAACCCUAAAGUUCAUGUGUCCGGAUGGUAUGAUAUUCAAAAUGACGAGUGUUACAUACAGAAUUAUAAUAAAAUGCGCGAAUUUUAUAUGACAGAAUACCCAACAUGUAAAAUGGAAGAGAAGUAUAAAAAUAUGAAGAGAAAAUGUUUAAAAAACAACUCUGAUAAAAAAAUUAUUUUUUAUCAGGACGAUGAUACAAAAUAUUGGGUUACUGAAAACAAAGAAUCUUAUAAGGCAAACAAUGAACGUGAAACUUAG